AUGAGUUCAACAUUAAAUGUGUUUGACCACCUUAACUUCCUCCUCAUUGAUGAAGGAGCCACUGAUGAUAACAUGAUCAAAACUGCUGCACUUUUGAAGGAGAAUGGGGCCGCGGAAUGUUCAAUAAUAUCGGUGCUAGAAUUGCAAGAUGCUAAAGAGCACACGAAGGCGGCCUUCACUAGACAGUUCAAACAGGAUAUUCAUUGCAUUAUAUCAAACACAUGUAAUUUUUGGUUUUAUCGAUUGGCUGCUUUUGAUUUCCUCAUCCCGGUGGUAUCAGCAGCGUGGGUUCAGGCUUGUAUAUCGACAAAACGCAUAACAAGGGCGAGCUGCUUUUCUCCCGAUCCUGCUCACAUUCUGAAACAUUGUCAGAUCUACGUAUCAAGACAUUCGCUAAAUCCUAGCGAGUAUGCUCUCUAUUCCGCUAUGAUUACAAGCUUGGGCGGCGUCUGCAUUGAUUAUUUAUCGAGCAGAGCAUCGCAUAUCAUCACUGUCGAUCCGCAGGAUCCGGCAAUAGCAGCUGUGGCGAACAUAGCUGGCCUCAGUAUAAAGUACGUUUUACCAACUUGGAUCGCCGCUGUAUUUAAAAGCAAGACAUACACAACUGAGAGCGAGCAUCUACUGGAUCCAAGGGAAAGGCCAGAGGCCAUGAAAUCCAAAAUGUCUGAGUUGUGGAAUAAAGUCGAAUUACAGGAGUUUACAUCACACUCUCAUUAUUUGACUGGCCACAAGAUCUUUCUGUCUCUUGAUCUUAUUCUCCCUGCGCAGUGUUAUAGCUUUCUGAUAGACGUCAUAAAAUCCGCCGGUGGGGAAGUUGUAAGGCAUGUAGAUUCACAAGAUGUUUCUAAAAAUGUCGGUGACUGCUUCGUUAGCCAAUCUACGAAGUCUCAGGAGUAUGACAAGGCCACAGCGGAACAUUUGUACAAGGGCAAUAUUUCGUGGAUUUUCUAUAUGUGGUCGAUGCAACAAUUUAUAGAACCCGAACAGAAACUGCUGUUAUCUCCCUUGAAACCUCGUAUUUUCAAAGGGAACGAAUUGAUUCUAAGCUAUACCAACUACGUCGGACAACAGAGAAGUUAUGUUCAGAAGCUUGUCGACGCUCUUGGAGGAAUAAGCACGACGGAGCUCACCAGAAAGAACACUCAUCUUUUAUCGUGCAUGCCUUUUGGGCAGAAAUAUCAGGCAGCGCUUAGAUGGAAAGACACCUGUAGAAUAGUCAAUCACUUUUGGCUUGAAGAAUGCUAUAAAAGAGGCCAAAAACUUGACUGUACAUUAGAACAAUUUUCAACUAUUGAAGCUUUUAAUGGACUAACCGAAAGACUGGGUCAACUAUCGUUGACAGAUCAAGUUUAUGAGCCCGAAUUAUCUAAAGGAAGUCCUGAGGGAAUGAACGGGAGCGAUGGGGGAACUAAUCCUGAUGAGAAAGAGAGCAGCACGGCUAGAAUUCCAGAUAUUUUCGAGAAUAAUGAUGAUUCACUCGAUGAAACUAACUACGCCAGUGGACCGUCUCAGGAUAAAGACAAAGAUAUUGAAUUUGUCCAGAAAUCAAAUGAUGACAAGCAGAGGGAAAAAUUGCUCGAUGUUUCAAAUGGUACUGAUCCUCUAAUGGGAGAAGCUGUAGAAAUCGAAACAGCAAAUGAUGACACCCAACUCAAAGACAAAAAAAGCCAGUCUUUACUUCCUGGACAACCUUCUGAAAUUGAAUCCGUUCAACUUACCUCAGCAGCUUCAAUUACGACAGCCGAAGAGCAUUCCGAUGAAUUAAGCCAGAUGCAAGAUACAACGACGCCUUCCCCUGCACCCACCAUAUCAUCUCAAUUAAUGUCUAGUGGAACACGCCAGGCCAAGAAGAAAGCGGCUAUGAAGUUGCAUACUGAUAUGGAAUCCUUGAAUGAGUUUCAAAGAUACUCAAAAAGGAAGAAAACGUCUGGUCUUCUACCGGAAGAAUUACAAAAAUUGAAGAAAUUGAAGGAGAUGGAAGACAAGCUCAAGGAGCUUUUGGAAAACGUUGGAAUAGAUAUUUCUAAGGGCCGUCGCAACCGUCCUUAUAACAUCAAUGCCAUAUGCACUGGGUGCCAUGAACAAAUUGACGAUCUUGACAUGGAAAUUUUGAAGAGACUAGGCAUCACAAUCACAGAAGAAAUAACUCCGCAAACAAAUACCAUCAUCGCACCUAAAAGAAUGAGAACAGCCAAAUUUUUGAUUAGUUUGAGUUUUAAUCCUCUCAAGUAUGCUCUGCUACCGACGUUUAUUACAGAUCUUUUGACCACUGUACGAAAAGCGUCUUCAAGUCCUGUUCUACCUGAAACUGCAAGAUACAUAAUUCCUGAUGUCCAUCCAGAGAUUCUUGAGAAGACACAUCUCAAAACUAAGGUGUUUGAAAGGGCAGAUAUCACGAACAUUAAUCUAAUGGAUGAUAUUCCAGGUGGACCCGAAGUAAUUUCGUCUAUUCUGGUGGCUCACGGGAUUAAAAAAGUCAAUGUCUUGUCAAAGAAAUUCGAAUUUACUGAUGUGAUUGCGAAUGACAAGAGUAAUGGUAAGGGAGGCCCUAACUAUCUUCUCAUAGCGCAGAAGGCUUCUCAGGCCAAGAAAUUUUCUAAAAUUUGCCAAAAAAAGGAUAGAACUGUCACAGUUGUGGAGUGGAAUUGGUGUGUGAGGAGCAUUUUCAACUUAGACGCCAAUUUCGAAGAUGGUCAGUAUGUAAUCUACAGGAAAUCUUUCUAA